UGCCAUGUUGGAUUGUGCGGCCGCCGCCGCCGCCGCCGCCGCGGAAGGAGGGUUGGAGGAGGAGUUGGGAGUUUAGCGCAGUCUCCGGAGUGCGAAGACAACGAGCCUCCGGCCAGAGCCUGGCCCCGCCGGAGCUGGGAGCUUCCCUUUCUCAGCGCGGCCCGCCGUCGACUCCUCCUUCCCGUGGCCUCCUCCCCGCGCCGGCGGAGCUGCGAGAUGCUGCGCCUCUGAUUACCCUCCUCCCGCCCCUGUCACCGAGAAAGGGGACGAGCGCUCGCCCACUCGCUGGAGGAGACGGCCCUGGCCUCCCUACCCCGCCGGCGAAACCAUGAGCUCCGGCCAGCAGCAGCCGCCGCCGCCGCGGAGGGUCACCAACGUGGGGUCCCUGCUGCUCACCCCGCAGGAGAACGAGUCCCUCUUCACCUUCCUGGGCAAGAAAUGUGUGACUAUGUCUUCAGCAGUGGUGCAGUUAUAUGCAGCAGAUCGGAACUGUAUGUGGUCAAAGAAGUGCAGUGGUGUUGCUUGUCUUGUUAAGGACAAUCCACAGAGAUCUUAUUUUUUAAGAAUAUUUGAUAUCAAGGAUGGGAAACUAUUGUGGGAACAAGAGCUAUACAAUAACUUUGUAUAUAAUAGUCCUAGAGGAUAUUUUCAUACCUUUGCUGGAGAUACCUGUCAAGUUGCCCUUAAUUUUGCCAAUGAAGAAGAAGCAAAAAAAUUUCGAAAAGCAGUUACAGACUUGUUGGGUCGGCGACAAAGGAAAUCUGAGAAAAGACGAGACCCCCCAAACGGUCCUAAUCUACCCAUGGCAACAGUUGACAUAAAAAAUCCAGAAAUUACAACAAAUAGAUUUUAUGGGCCACAAGUCAACAACAUCUCCCAUACCAAAGAAAAGAAAAAAGGAAAAGCUAAAAAGAAGAGAUUAACUAAGGCAGAUAUUGGAACACCAAGCAAUUUCCAGCACAUUGGACAUGUUGGUUGGGAUCCGAAUACUGGCUUUGAUCUGAAUAAUUUGGAUCCAGAAUUGAAGAAUCUUUUUGAUCUGUGUGGAAUCUCAGAGGCACAACUUAAAGACAGAGAAACAUCAAAAGUUAUAUAUGACUUCAUUGAAAAAACAGGAGGUGUUGAAGCUGUUAAAAAUGAACUACGAAGGCAAGGUCCACCACAAUGGAGUGGUAUGUAUGGGGGAUGUUAUUUGGCCCAGUGUACUAAAUUAUGCAUGUAUUUAUUUUCAAAGAAGCUAGAGCUCAUUUAUCCUGCCUCCAAAUCUAACAUCCAGUAAGGUUUUCUGCCUUCUCUUCAAACUAAUGUUUGGGGCUAUGUAACUAAUGUUACACAGAUGCUAAAGUAAAAAAGGAAGUUUAUUUCUAUAUGAGUCAGAGCUCAUAUUUCAUCUGUAAUUUAGAUAAUUUUUUUGAAAUUCUGUGGAUUACCUCUUAACAGCACCACUGUUUUUAUUAUUACUUAAUAUACUUAUUUUUAGUGAUUGCUUUUCACACUUGGCAUUAUUUCAAUAACCUACAUAAAAUAUACUUACAUUUUUACAUUAAUUUGGGGCAGUGGGGAGGACUAAACAUAAGCAAACACACAGUUAUAAAUGACUACUCAGAGAGUUGUUAGUAUUCCCAUAAAUUUACAUUUGUGUUGAAUAAUACUUGCCUGGUUUGCUUUAAUCUUGAUGAGAGUGCAUGAGAGCAGUUUCCUGAAUUCUAUAAAACUAUAUUUCUUUUAAAUAUUAGUUAUAUUUAUAUUAUUUUACAAUUUCUGCUUAUAAUUCCCCUAAAUAAAUAUCUAGAGUUAUCUACCAAUUACUCUUAAUAUUAAUUUGAUCUGAAAUAAUAUCUGAAAGUUAAGUAUAUCAACUUUUCUUUAUCGUGCGGCAUCAAGACGAGGUUUUUUCCAUAAGCCUCAGUCUGUCUUCUUUUCUAAGCUUUGAUAGUAAGAACAGUUUUAUUUGUUGUAACUUUUGUGUCAUGCUUUUUACUUUAUGUAUUUAUUAAAUAUCUAAGAACUAUCGUUGUCAUUCUGAUUCUGGUGUUUGUGUGACUCAGUUUUGAAAAUCUGUAGGCCGCCAGACUUUCUCACAGUGGUGUGUGAUCUCAGCAGACAUUUUUGUGCAUAUGAACCUAACGUGCCGUCUUUCCUCUCCUCCUGUUUUAAUUCUUUCACAUUUUUACCUUGGGAUAUGGCAUAUCUUUUGCAUACUUUCCUUUUUUUAUGUAGGCAUAAUACAGAUUGUAAAAAUAGAAAGUUGGUAAUAGAUGUUUUCCUCAUGAAAAUAUAGAGAUGUUUCCACUCACUUUUCAGAUAAUAGAAAUGCUGAACUUGUGCUGUACCCAAACUUGGUGCAGCUGAUAAUUUAUUCACUAUCAAUUAAGGCUCUCCCUUUGCCUGAACAAUAAUUUACUGUCUCUUUGAAUGGGUAUUAGCUGAAUCCCAAAUUAUUCCAAUAAAUGUGCUUAUUCCCAGUUCAAAAGAACUUUAAAUCUCUCUAUUGAAGAGAUACAUCAUUGUACGUAGAAAAGAUUAUGGUUCCAGAGUCCUUGGUGAAACCACAGGAAUUGAUGGACUAAUACCUUUUGUAGUAGAAUAGAGUGGGUC